UGACUGACACACACAGGAUCUGCUGGAAACACAAGAAGAGUCAUCCACAACACAACACCAUACCGAUAAUGACGGGGUGACGGUGGUGGGAUGCGAGGAGGGGAAAAGAUAUUAUUCCGCCGGUAUAUAUUAAGCUGAUUUAUACCAUGAGGAAAAGUGGAGCUACACGUGCAGACAGUGGAAAAUAAGACGACACGGUGCUGCAAAAUGAAGACACCUAUGCACCAUGGAGUUGCUGUGUUUCUCGUCAUCACUCUGUGCGCCAGCCUGUUCCUCGUCUACAACGGCGGUUUCCACGGUAGCACCAGUGAGAGCGGGAUGGCGGGUGCGGCGGGGGGGGUCCAGAGACAGGAGCGAUGCCAGGAGAAGCUGGCAGACAGAGCAGCAGCAGAAAUCCUCAGUCAGACCAGCAGUCCUACAGGGAUACAGCAGCAUCAUCGACCACAAGCCUCUGAAAAUGCACUGCCAUAGCUGUGCGUUGGUGACCAGCUCCGGUCACCUGAUAGGUGGUGGUCGUGGCGAGGAGAUCGACCGGGCGGAGUGUGUGAUCCGUAUGAACGACGCCCCCACGGCGCGGGGCUACGGUGGAGACGUUGGGCGCCGCACCUCGCUACGUGUUAUCGCUCACUCCAGCAUGCAGAGGGUCCUACGGAGCCGUCACGAAUUGCUCAACGCAUCCCAGGACACAGUGUUUAUCUUCUGGGGGCCCAGUAAUUACAUGCGGCGGGAUGGGAAGGGUCUGGUCUACAACAACCUGAGGUUGAUGAACCAGGUGCUGCCCAAACUAAAGGUCUACAUGAUCUCCUGGCAGAAGAUGCUGCAGUUUGACGAACUCUUCAAGAGGGAGACGGGCAAGGACAGGCGUAUCUCUAACUCGUGGUUGAGUACUGGUUGGUUCACUAUGACCAUAGCUCUGGAGCUGUGUGACCGGAUCAAUGUCUAUGGCAUGGUGGCUCCAGACCACUGCAGAGAGCCCCAGCCCCCAUCUGUCCCCUACCACUACUACGAGCCCCUCGGUCCAGAGGAGUGUGCCAUGUACAUAAGCCAUGAGCGAGGCCACAGGGGCAGCCAUCACCGCUUUAUCACGGAGAAGAGGGUCUUUGCCAGCUGGGCUCGGACCUUCAACAUCCACUUCUACCAGCCUGACUGGGAGCCCCCGCCGCUGGCCCCCGCUAACCGCACACAGGGGGAGACGGUCUCGGUCAGCAUACGGGACUGGCAACCGGAAAUGGAAGUUGGAUGGUGACAGUGAAUGCUGGGCAUCUGUGGAAAAGCUGUAACUCAAAUGGGACUGAGGACUGAGCUAGAGAUGGUGAUGGACAAGAACACAUGAGACAGUCCAAAGUCUUCUGACCACAACUGAAUGGUCCAUACAGUAGGAUACUGACUGCACAUGGUCCUUCACUGAGGAUCGACCGCCCUCCUCUAGCUAUCCGUCAUGGGCAACUGUAGAAUAAUGACUGCAAAACGUCCUUCACUGAGGAUCGACCGCCCUCCUCUAGGCCGUCAUGGACAACUGUAGAAUAAUGACUGCACAUGGUCCUUCACUGAGGAUCGACCGUCCUCCUCUAGGCCGUCAUGGACAACUGUAGAAUAAUGACUGCACAUGGUCCUUCACUGAGGAUCGACCGCCCUCCUCUAGCUAUCCGUCAUGGGCAACUGUAGAAUAAUGACUGCAAAACGUCCUUCACUGAGGAUCGACCGUCCUCCUCUAGCUAUCCGUCAUGGGCAACUGUAGAAUAAUGACUGCACAUGGUCCUUCACUGAGGAUCGACCGUCCUCCUCUAGGCCGUCAUGGACAACUGUAGAAUAAUGACUGCAAAACGUCCUUCACUGAGGAUCGACCGUCCUCCUCUAGGCCGUCAUGGACAACUGGAAGGACCAAAUACAGCUGGCUGGUCCAUAGGCUACUAACCACAACUAGUUUGAGCUGGAUGACCGUAAGGGUUACCGACCACUAGUGGUGCACGGGUCAGCAACCGCCAGACUAGAUGUGAUAAAGUGAAAAUGUGAGGCCGCACCCGACCCUAACCCCUAACCCCUAACAUAGAAAAUGUACAGUAGGCUACAGUGGGGGACUGUGGAUGUUUUUGACAAGGGGCACAGUAUUGUUUUCAGCCUGAUUUCGAUGUGUUUCUGCUUUGAAUUUUGUUAGUCAACUUGUCUAUAGUUAGAUACAUGUAGCUUCUCGUCUGUCAUUACAUGUUGCUGUAGAAGACUAAAUCAACCAAUCAACCAUGGUUCACCAGAAUAAUGUUGUAAAGCGAUAGAAUGAACGCUUCGAUCUAGUAGAAAUACAAAUUUUCCACCAUAAUUUGUCUGUCAUAGUUGAAGUGUACCUAUGGUGAAAAUUACAGGCCUCUCUCAUCUUAAGUGGGAGAACUUGCACAAUUGAUGGCUGACUAAAUACUUUUUUUUACCCCACUGUAUCUAAGGGUCUGUCCAAGAAGUGAGGGUAAAUGGUUCUCUACUAUCCACUUUAUAUUUAAAUUAUUAUUUGGGGUAUAGGGGAGGGUCACUUGUUUUCAAGUGUUCAGGGAGGCUUUAGGUGAAAUAUAUUUUACUGAAGGGAGGGCCAUCCAUUUUAAUUUCAGAGUGGUCCAAUUUUCUCCAUGUAACCCAUAUUCGAAAUUACCUGCAAUCCCUAAAGUAAAGUUUCAAAAAAGUCCUGACUUUUCUAAAAGGUUUUGGUUUUCUUACCUUGUCAGGACAUUCUGGUGUCUUUUCAGGACAUUCUGGUGUCUUUUCAUUCUGGAAAACAAUUGAUUCCAAUUCAAAAUCCUAUUUUCCCUAACCCCUAAACUAACCUUUAACCUAACCUUAUCCUUAACCUAACCACUAAGCCUAAAAUAGCCUUUUUCCUUGUGGGGACCAGUGAAAUGUCCCCCACCUGUCAAAAUUGUCCUUGUUUUAGUACUAUUGUGAGGACUUCUGGUCCCCACAAGGAUAGUAAAACCAAAUACAAACACACACACACACACACACACACACACACACACACGCACACACACACACACACACACACACACACACACACACACACACACACACACACACACACACACACACACACACACACACACACACACACACACACAGUUGUCCAGAUAGAGAGAAAUAGGUCAGAGAGGACACCCUUGAAACCCAAAUCUAAAAAUAAACGCAUAACACUGCCUCACUAACACUCCAGGGUUUCCGUUAGCUGGUAAUUGCCGGCCUUUGGACAAUGAAAUAAAUGAAAAAACGAUAAAUAAAAUUGUCCGGGGCUGAUGCUGAGGGGAGAGAGAACGCGAUAGAGAGGCGAGCCUUGGACUACUGUUGAUUGCAACGAUCAAUCUUGAGCUCAAUGGGUAUUGGCCAUUGCGAGUGCAUAGCUCUCAUUGGCUACAACUUUUUGGGACAUUAAAUGUCCUGUUAGAUUAAUAACCAGCUAUUAGUAGUGGCUGUUAUCUUCAGAGCUAAUGUGUUGAGUUUACACUUACUCAGGUGGUGAAUGAUAUUAUAUAUAUAUAUUAUAUUACUAUGAUAUUAUAGCACAUAAAGAUGCAGGCAAAUGUAUCUCUAUUAAACAAAAAAGGACAAUUCUGGAGCCCUACUUUAACAGUAAAAUAUAACAAUAGCAUAAUUGUCUAUGCAUGAUAAUCACGGGAUUAGGUUGCACAUUAAAAUAUGUUGAAUCACAACAUGAGAAGAUGAUGAAACAAUUGAUUUAUUCAAUACCAUCUCAGUAGUCAUUACUUUAUAAGAUGAUAGGCCUACACAUUUUUUUCUCUUCCGUGGUGCCGCAAAUUUGUUUUGGUUUCGACCCAAACUGAAAAACCAGUGGAAAAUGUUCAGGCAAUUUUGGAACUUUUCUUUCUUUCUUUUGUCUUAUUUGUAAUCAUUUGUUUUGUUAUUAUUCUAGGUUUAUUUAUUCAUCCAAACCAGUCCUUGAAAUAUUCAAAAUAUGUUUUAUUUCAUUCGGUUGAGAGAUUGUUGUUGGCUAACUUAAAUUCAAUCUUUUUAAUUGUGUGCUCCAUAAUUAGUUUAAAAAUAGACCUGUUAGAAAAUAAAUAUCACUAGACUAUUGCUGUCAUUUGUUGGAUAUAGUAGGCCUUAGCCUUUCUUGGUAAUUGCUGCAGGUUAGCCUGUUCAAAAAUGUUGGUUUAAACCAGUUUGUAAGUGUUACAUUCUGUGGGGAAAUUUUGGGGGGUCAAAUUAAGUUCCAACUGUUGUGUUUUCCGUAAUACAAUAUCCUGCUUGUAUUUUUGUUAAACGACAGCUUGACUUACUUUUGAUAUUACCCUAAUAAAGUUUAGAAUCCUUUGUGAAGGUUUGGUGUGGUGAAGGUUUGGUGUGGUGUGGUGAAGGUUUGGUGUUAUAUUGAUGUGAAGACAGUGGGCACCGACGCUCCAACUCCGACAGUUGAACUUGAGGUUAGGAAGACUGUUUCAGGCCCAGGUUACUCCUAUAAUCUAACAAUAUAAUGCUUAUCUGUACAGAAAAUAUUUUUAUUGAAAAUGUACGAAUAUCUAUGUGGCAUAUCUCUCCCUCGAAGGCACUGUACGUCAACUGAAAGUCACCCAAGGACACUGUUUAAAUAAGAAAAAACACAUCUUGUGUUACAGCCUGAAUUUAAAAUGGAUUACAUUUACAUGUAUUUUUGUCACUGACCUAUACACAAUACCCCAUAAUGUGGAUUUUUUACAUUUAUUUUUAAUUUUACAAAUUCAUUUAAAAUGAAAAGCUGAAAUGUCUUGAGUCAGUAAGUAUUCAACCCGUUUGUUAUGUCAAGCCUAAGUUCAGGAGUACAAAUGUGCUUAAUUAACAAGUCACAUAAGUUGCAUGGACUCACUCUGUGUGUAAUAAUAGUGUUUAACAUGAGUUUUGAAUGACUACCUCAUCUCUGUACCCCACACAUACAAUUAUCUGUAUAGUCCCUCAGUUGAGCAGUCAUUUUAAAUACAGAUUCAACCACAAAGACCAGGGAGGUUUUCCAAUGCCUCAUAAAGAAGGGCACCUAUUGGUAGAUGGGUAAAAAUAAAAAAAACAGACAUUG